AUCAGAUUGACCUUGUGAUUCCAUUCACCUAACAUGUAGUAGCAGUAGCCGUAUUACGCGUGCGUUAGUAGGGGUAGCUGUCAUUCCUCUUUUACUUCCAUAGUUCAUGAGAUACGAGGAAAAACGAUAGCUACAUACAUAUUUGGCAAAUGGUGGUGCCGUAAAAUUGGCAAACAUUUCGAAUUUUUAUCGUGCUAGCUAACAUCGGAUAAUCUGUAGUCUCUAUAAUUCGAUGAAGUUUUUAAAGAGCAACAAAAUCUUACACAAUGUUUCUACGUGCAUGUUUCAAAAGAGUGGUUGAGAAGAGAUACCUUUGAUAACAAAAAAAAAAAAAGAUAGAUUCUGUUUGUGACAAUUAUCGCUGUCACAGACAUUUGUAUUUCUAAAUUUAGACAGACCAAGACACAUCGUUAAGACAGCUUUGAAACUAUGAAGAGAAUAGUGCAACAACCACCAACCAAAUAGGAUAACAUCCCUUCUUGCCAGAGACCAAGUUUAUUGAUGCAAGAUUUGAUCAUCAUGAAUUCUGUAAUCAUGUUUAUUUUAAUGUUCAUUAUGUUGAUUAAUGUCAAAGAUGGAUUGUUGAUAUCCCAGCAUCCAAAGUUACUGGUGGUUUCGUACGAUGCAUUCAGAUAUGAUUAUUUUAACAGAAAUCUAACUCCUUUUAUGAACAAAUUAAAACACGAAAGCACGCACACUGAUUAUAUAAUGAACAUCUUUGUAACAAAAACAUUUCCCAAUCACCAAACAAUGGCUACAGGGUUGUAUGCAGAAUCACAUGGUGUUGUGGAUAAUGAAUUUUAUGAUCCUGUUUCAGGAAAUACAACAAAGUAUUCUUACAAUCUGUAUCACUAUGGUAAUAAUGUUCUUCCUAUUUGGACUGUUAAUGAGAAAGCAGGUGCUCAAAGAAGGAGUGGUACAAUGAUGUGGCCUGGUGGGAUAUUUGAGUACCAAGGAAUUUCUCCUACAUUUUCAGAGAAUUUCAAAGAAACCAUACCUUGGGAAGAAAGAAUAGAUACUUUAAUAUCAUGGUUUGUCCAUCCUACGCAUCCAAUAAACUUUGGAAUAAUGUAUAUCGAGGAACCAGAUUAUCAUGGUCAUGGUGUUGGAAUAAACAGCCCUGCAUUUAACAAUAUUCUUAGGAAAUUAGACAACAUAACUAAGUAUCUGCAUGAUAAAAUAGAUCAACAUGGUUUACACGAUCUAAACGUUGUUCAUUUAAGUGAUCAUGGAAUGGCAUCUGUUAAAUUAGACAGGAUAAUAGAUCUAACGAAAUAUGUUAACAGCUCCGAUUACAAAUUUGUGGGUACCUCGCCGGGUUUACAUAUUUUUCCUAAUUCAGGUAAAGAAGAUGAAAUUUAUCAAGCACUGAAACAAGCAUCAGAGGAAAUAAAGACAUUCAAGGUUUAUAAAAGAGAGGAAAUUCCUCAAAAGUAUCAUUAUGGAAACAAUACACGAGUUGGUCCUAUUUUUGUUAUUGCAGAAGUUGGAUAUGCAUUCCAAAAUCUUCUUGAAGCUAUAGAAUAUUAUAAAACGAAAUUUAAUAUUACAGUAAAUGCCGACUCGGAGUUUGGUUUACAUGGUUACGAUAAUGCAGCGUUAGAAAUGCAUCCAUUCUUUUUUGCAAAAGGUCCUGCAUUUAUCCCCAAAUGUAAAUUGGAACCCUUCAACAACAUAGACUUAUUCCCCCUAUUUUGUAAGAUACUUGAGUUAGAGUGCCCAACAGUAAAUGGCACUCUAUCGCAUGUAACAAAGUGCCUUAAGAAACACCAACUAGAUAUUACGAUCAUCGCUUACAGAAUGAUAUUUGUAGCAACCACUAUCUCUAUGACAAUGGUAGGAAUUAUAGGAUCAAUUAUAAUGUUUUAUAUGCGGAAACGACGAUUAGGAGCGAAGAGUUAUAGGAGAUAUUAUCCAGUGGAUGGAUAAUAUGUGUAAAGUAAACAAGCAAAUAGAUGAAACAUUAUUUUCAUAUUAUACAAUAGUUAAACGGAAUGGGUUAACAAAAAAAAAAGAAGGCAUACUGCGAAAUAGUAGCAUCUCUAUACAGAAUAAAUAAAGAAAUGUUAAUCUCAUUUCUUAUAAAUGAAGUCUUAUUUUGUCAGAUUUUAAAAAGUAGUAAUACAUUUAUGUAGAGCUUUCUUUCUUUUUUUAACAAUUAACAGUCUUAUAUACUAAUUCAUUAAUCGUACAAUUAAUAAUAAUUAUAUUACGAAUGCAAAUUUUUAAAUUCGUAUAAAAGCAUGUAAUAGAUUUUGUUAGUGAUUAAUGGUACAUUAGUAAAAUGUACGCAAAAAUUUUUAAUCUAUGAAUUGCACAUUAAUGCACAAGAAAAUUAGAAAUAAUUCUUUGACAGGGAAGCAAACAUAUAUUUCUCAUUUAUAUGGUUAUAGGAGAUAAAAUUUGGAAAUUCGGAGAAAAAAUAUAAUGUAUAAUACGAUACUUUCCUGUGGCAUUUUGUUCAUAAUUUCUGUUUUCUUUUAAUAUUACAGCUAAACAAAAUAACGAGACCUUUUGUUUUUAGAAGAAUACUGGAAGAUUUGGAAGCACAGUACCAUUGGGAUGAAAAACACGAUAGUCAAAAUGCUACUUGCAAGUAAAUUUACAAAGAUUUGUUUCCAAACGUUUACUUUCUGCUUCAUGUUUAUGAUGGAUUAAUUAUUUCCAUACGCAGAAAACAAAACAUCGGAAAUGAAAAUAUUAAUAAUAUACGUAUUUUUCUUUCCAGAUUAAACCAUUUCCCAGAUUUAUUCAUACUUUCAUGCCACACGAAUAGUAGACAUUCGUAUGCAAAUAGGGGGAAUAUUAAAUAUAGGAAAUCCCUUUUUCAUUGUAGAUGACAUAUGUUUUGUACAUCGUAUGAUCAAUCGUAUUACUUUUAACGAUACAUAUAAAUGAGAAAAUACUUCUGUGAUAAUGAAAAUUUACAUCUUUAGACAAAUCUCUGAAUAACGUACUUAUAUAUGUGAACAAUCAUAUUAGUUAUUGUAUUAGGUAUACAGAUUUUUAUGAGUUUUCGUUAAGUACAUCUCAUGAACUUUUUAUCCUUUUAGACUGUAUAACCAUCGUAACGAAUGGUAUUUUAUGAUUAGAACGUAAGAUACGAGCUGCGUGCAGACGGUAUAAUGCAAUACUUGAAAGUCGUACGAACAACAUUUGGUAAAACUACACAAAUGAAAUCGUAACAAACCGAUACGGAUAGUACCAUUUCAGAAUAUAGACUGUAAGAUAAUUCAAAUAAACUCGUCAUACUUGUACAACAAUUGUAUA